CGGUAAAUGUCCGACUCCAUGUAAAUGCGCUAUGUGCUGGUUAGGCAUUAUGCUAUGAAACCAAUCUGUACAUGUUGACGGUAACGUAAGUACAUGCGAGUGCGCGACGACUCCAAGAACGACGAUGGGGUCCCAGGGAACAAGAAUGAUGCUUCAGUGAAAUAUGUGAAAAACAUUGGAAAAUUGCUUGUAAAUAUGAAACUGACAUCAGAUCUCUGAGAUUCCGGCAACCACUCCAAUCAACCUGGAGGCAAAUAUACAAGAAUAGAAUAACACAACACCAUAAAGAAAGGGGGAAAAGAAGCAAGAACACUGACAGAAAAAAAAAAUAAAAGAGAAAUGCACAAAGUGAGUUUCAGUGCAGCAAUAGAAAUUAGAUGCUUGGAGGCAAAGAUCCUCUUCACAGAGAGAGCGACAUCACUCAGGAGCAGGUUUCUCAUGCUAUUCAUUAUCAGCUCAGAUCGUAUUCAUCCACUAGGGUAGCUGCGGCACAAUGAAAGAGGCGUAAAAGCAAGGAUUGAAUAUCACCACUUUGGAUUUGACGCUGUGCACCAACAGGAAUGAUUGACUGCUCUACCUUUGAUAUUGGUAUCUUGUACUCGAGACUCAAGAUUUAUUCUGGUCCUUUUGCAUCAUUCUGAGGAUAUAUGUUUGUAUUUGAGGAUGCCUUUAUAUUUUGGGAUGCAUGGCUUACAGCUAACUGCACAUACUCCAUAAAUAACUUCACAUAUUCUUCUGGGCUCACAUAUGUUUGGUAGUGAUCUUUGAGUUAGUUUGUUCUUCAUGCCUCCAACCUAGCUGUAUUGCCAAUUUGCCAUGAUGAAAAGUGUGGAACCCAAUGCAGAUCUUCCUCCUGCCAACUCUAGCACCAUGCUGACCUACAGUGCGCUGCCAGUCAGAAGGCCCUAUCAUCAGGCAAGGGAAUCACCUAGAAAUAUGACGGGUGUCUAUCUCUCCCAGGAUCCUUAUGGAGUUCCCAGUAACAAGAUUCGAGAGCAGCGGAUCCCUCCCUUAGCUAAGCCUAGGGGUGUGGUCUAUCAACCAAGAACACAACCAGGGUAUCAGGGACAGCAGAACAGACAAGACCUGAUGGUGAGGAGUAGAGGUGAAGCGAAAGCCUUUCAACCACUCCCUAUCAAGAGAGCCAAAGCGAGAGUGCCUCGUCAUGAAUACCAUGGACCAUCACCUCACAUCCUAAACCCUAAACCAGACUACCAUGCUGUCACAAGAAAAUCAGCUCGUAGUCGUGUUCCAGCAUCCAACGAUGGUGUGACCCAUUUUGAAGACCUUCGUUCUAACUCGAGCGGGAACAGCAGUGAUAAGACAACUCAGGAAUCAGAUGUCAUUGAGAACAUGUUGGAUAGUAUUAGUCUGACCUCUAAACUAGAGAGUGAGAAGAAUCUAGCUGGGCUCGUUGAAUGCUACAAGAAGAUAUGCAAGGGUAAUCCAGCAAGUGUACAUAAUCUAAUGGCGUCAGGAACAUCACCAGGUGGGAAACAUAGAAAGAAUAAAGUACGCAAUGGAGCUACACCAUUACUUAUAAGGAGUUUCCGUAGUCCUCAGCACCCUCAUUCAGUGGUGCAGUAUUCCAACCCCAGGGAUCGUACUGCUUCAUCCCCCCAUGGUGCUAGCCGUCCACCUGUUCCAGCACCUUACUUCUACAGCAGUAAAGGUUUGCCUCAGACGUCUGAUGAAGGUGGAAACAGGGUCAAACUAUCAAGGUUACCAGGUGCUACCUCAAGAGGUUCGGAUGCAGUGCUGGCAGCUCCAGGUGCAGGGUCAAUAUCAAGGUCAAACAGCAGUCGAACAACAGGGUCAAAACUAGCCAAUCAUAGACCUCCUGAUGGUGUAGAUGGGAUACGCCCACCAAGCCUUCAUAGCAAUAUAAAGAUUAUUGAUUCAGAUGCAGUUUAUAUGAUAAAGGAAAACUUCCAUGUUCCAGCAAGUACACCAGUGGCAUCUACAGUAGAUAUUAACAGAAUGUCUGAGAUUGACCCGACUGAACUUAGAUCAACAGAUUUAAGUCAGAGACAUCAAGUCGUCACAUUACCCGGCAGUAACAUACCAGGCAACACCGCAUCCAGCACCACAGGGACCACACCCUUCCCUAAUGGCACCUCUGUCGGAGGGGAAUUCCCAUCAUCAGUAACAGGAGACAGUGUGGAGAUGGAGAGUGGAGCAGACACUCUAGGGGGCAAGGAUUCCAUCGGGGAGAUGAUCAGUUUGUCUAUUACUAUCUCUGUGGAGGAUGAUACUGGUCAGAUCAAUACUAUGGAUUUAGAUGAAGAAGCAGGAAUGCAACAUACAGAAACUGGAAGCAGUGAAGUUGAUGUAAGUGCAAAUGAAGUGGCAGAGAAACAGAAGGAAUCGCAAGCCAAGAAGCAGGCUGAGUUAGAUCAACUCCUGGAGGAGCAUCAUCAGAUUAUCUCACAGAUUGAGGAACUAGAGAAGAUCAAAGAGGGUAACGGAGACUCACCAAAGCAGGAGGAGGAGGAUGAAGAAGAGGAGGCGGCAGAGAAUUAAUCUUAUAAACUUUUCGCUACACCUCAAUCAUUAAAUAUACACCCCUCUCUGGUUGGAGUGCGUAUGAAGUGUAGUGUACAUCCAUUGGGUUUUUUGUGUGUGGUCUUGUAUUUACACAUUCUUACAUCAAAGAAAGAAUGAAGAUGAAUGCUGCCAUCUAGAGGAUGUGUUGUUAUAGUAUCAGUCAGUUUUCAAUGUUAGUGUAUUUAUGAUCAAUUCAAUCAUUUUUUCGUUAAUCAUGAAAAUGUCAGCGUUAGAAUUAAAUUAAAAUAUUUGUUAGUAUAAUUUACAAGUAAAAUUCAAAGAGAUGUGAUUACAUUAAUCAUUUGAAUGUUGUUAGUUUUUGUUUUGUUCCAUGACAUCUUUUUAAAUAGACAAUUAUUGUGAAAAUUAGAAUUCUCUCUUUCUCUCUCUCUCUCUCUCUCUCUCCCUCCUUCCCCUCUCUCUCUCUCUCUCUCUCUCUCUCUCUCUUCCCCCUCUCUCUCUAUGUAACCGUCUUUCUCUUUGAAUUUUAGAUUUUGAAUUGUUUAUCUUUAACUAUCAUCCUUUCUUCACCCCUUUGUUUAUCUCUUUUAUGCUUUUCAAUGUCUCUCUUUAGCACAAUAUGCUACAUAUUAUGUAGUUUACAACAUAAUUACUCUAUGUUUCUCUUUUUUUCUUUUUUUUUACUGCAUAAGGUAUCUUUUCCUGUUAUGUGUUUCAUUGCCCUCUUCAUAUCAAUACUUCUGUUUUAUCUGAUAUCUUAGUAAUCUUAUUUGUAAUGGGAAUAGUUUUACAUACGUAUCUCUGUAGAUAGACCUGAAAUAUUUCACAGACCAUCCACAAUAUCACUGUACUUUUCAGGAAUUACAUGAAUAUUUGUACUACAGUAAAACACCUUGGCUUAUAACUUCAAAAUCAGAAUGUAUUUUCCUCAAAAUUUUAAAUCAUUCUCAAAGAGUAAUUGAUGUUCAAAAAUACAAUAAACUUCAAUGCCUAUAUGUGUCAGAGCAGAUUGAUGAUAAUAAAGGGGAAAAAAAGAUUGUUGAAAUUGGUUCAGUGUUGUAUCAACCUUCUCAGUAUUAAAAUAAGGUAAUUAAAGAUGUCCCUUUUUAUUAUGGCGACGUUUAAUCUUUUAAUAUAUAUGUGUCAUUAAGGGAAUCUGAAUCUCUCUGUAUAAUCAUGGAUUGCAUGUAUUGAGUGCCAAUUUUAAUUGUUUUGUGUAAAUAUCAUGAAUUAUUGAAUCUACUUAAGAAAAAACACAAUCGUACUAUGGUAGUGAAAUAAUCAAAAUUCUUUGUUUUAAUUUUGGUAUAGAGAAUUGUGUCUAUAAUUUGGGAGACCAUCAAAACAGAAAAGAUGUGUGUGAGAAAUAUUUUUGUAUAAUAAAAGUAAGAAUAAAAUAUUGCUUACAACUCUAGAUUUGUGUAACGUUUCUGUUGAUAUACUUAUAUCUGGCAUACCAAAGGUGUCAUGAAUUGAAGGCCCUUCAAAUGGAAUUACAAAUGAUUGCUUUUUUUUAAUCGUCAGUCUUGGCUUGUUUGUACUGUAUAUGUGUACCGGUAUUGAAUAUUUUCAUACAGUCACAAACUUUUUAACAUACUUCACAUAUGUAUUUGUGUUUAACUAAGUGACAUCUUGGGUCAACAUUUUCUCUGUAAUGAAAUACAUUAAACAUGAAAUAAUUUUCAUAUUCUCAUCAAGUACUCUGAUACUAUGUAUGUAAUAAUUUUAUUCAAAUCAUGGACUUCCAUCUCGGACAUUUUUGUAUGAAUUUUGGUGGCAUUUUUAUCUAUAAACAAUUAUUCCUAUACAUAAGUUUAAUCAUUCUAACCUGUAAUGUGCUAAUGAUGUAUGAAUUCCCUGUAAUCAAGUACCCAUUUUAAAUACAGACAUAGAAGGGCACUUGGCCAACUUCAUAACAAUUGCGGAAUUGACGAUCUAAUGUUUUAGCACACUAUUUGUCAACAAGAUAUAUGUGCAAUUAUUCUAUACCUUGACCCCAAAAAAUUAUUGUAAACUUUUUUCAAAACUAUCAAACUGUCUUAAUAAUAUAGUUAUAUUUGGAUCAUGAGAUACAUUUAAGUAGAUAACAUGCUGUUCAUUUUUAUCUUCUCUUUGGUUAGCGUAAUCAAAAUAUUAUGAGUGUGUUGAUUCAAUCAAGCAAGCAAAUAAAAUUUAGUUUUAAAUGCUAUUUAAUAAUACCCUCUUGCAUGAACUGGCUCUGUUUGAAUUUCUUUUGUGUUUGUGGAUUUUUUUCACUUUUCAUUCAUCAGUUCAUUCAAUCUGUUCAUGUUUGUGUCCCAAAUAUUUCAGAUUCAUAUUUUGCCAUAGCCCUUCAAUGUAGACUAGAUCUUUUAAGAGAGAUUCCAUGAAGAAAUCAAAGAAUUGUUUCUUGAAGUUUUUAGUAGACAUGCUGGUAAAACAUGACUGAAACAAAAUUAAUGUACCACUGGGAAAUUUAGCUAUGCAUUUAGAAACAUAAAAUGGCUAGAAAAUCUUGUUUUUAAGCGUGAACUUCUAGUCUGAUAAUGAUAAUGUGCAAGUUUAUGUUUACUCUGUAUAAGUGCCAUUAGUUUAUGAAAUGAUAUGAAAAUACUAACAUUAUUUUUGUGACACUUUUAAAAGUAUUUUAACAGUUUGUUGUGUCAAAUUGGUUAAAUGCUAUACCUCCUAAAUAUAUACUGUAAGAUAUUUAUACUAAAUGGAAUGUGGAAAGAAUAAAGUAAUAUGUUCUUACUGCAAGUGCAAACUAUGUAAUAAAUUGACUAUUUCAUAAUCAAA